GCGGCAGGCAGGUACGCGAGUCUCGUGAGCCGCUCAGCCUGGCUAAGGUCCUUGUAAUUUAAUAGGACAUGUGACGAGAGCGAACCAGCGGAAAGGGGAGGCAACAUGGCGGAUGACUUGGCCUACGGUACGGUGCCGUCGUUUUACCGCGAGGUGUACGACAUCGUCUGCCCCAACCCUGCAGACGGGAAAGUCGACCAGGAUGUGUUCAUCAAGAUACUCGUGAAGUCCAGUCUACCCAAACAAACUCUGAGCACGAUAUGGGAAGCAGCCGACAACAAACAAGGGUACCUGACGCGUAGCGGUUUGUACAAAGCCCUGGCUCUCACAGCCUUAGCACAGCAAGGCAAGCCAGUCAGUGAAAAGAUGCUGGAGAACUAUGGCAAAGAGGAGCUGCCAAAGCCUCACUUGGGUGACUUGUCUGAUCUGAGGACACUCAGUGCUCAGGUCCGACGAGAGAAGAAUCCCAAUGUCCUCAGUUACACGUACAAAGACCUGGUGGCCCUGGACUCAGUCACCAUCGACCUGGUGCCGGAGAAGAAGGGACUACUCUUAAAGCAUGUCGAGUAUGAAGUCAAAAGUGAGUUUUUCAAGUCGUCGGUGAUGCGGCGGUACAGCGACUUUGAUGCCUUGUACGACAUGCUCAUAUCCCGCUACCCCUACAGAAUGGUGCCUAGACUACCGCCCAAGAAAAUGCUUGGAGCCAACCGCGAGUUCAUUGAGGGUCGGCGGAGGGCCCUUUUACGAUUCCUGACGCUGGUUGUCAGACAUCCCGUGUUCCACAGUAGCGAUGUCAUCAGGUAUUUUCUAACCUUUCAAGGAACAGACAUGCAGCACAGGAUCAAGGAGCAGUUCCGCGGCACCCCAGACGAGUACGUGACCAGCCCGCUGGCCCUCUCGGCCAAGGAGCUGGUGCCCAUGGACACGCAGAUGCAGUACAGCAACGCCCGGGAGCACGUCAAGCGCCUCUUUGCCAGCAUCUACCAGCUGAAGCACAUCGUGGACCAGAUGGCCCUCCGUUCCGCAGCCAGCGCCAGCGAUAUGCUGCUGAUGGCCAAGGAGCUGAACAUGAUGGGCAGCGAGAGCCAGGUGGCCUCCACCUGGGCCAUGGGGGUCAACGAGUCCUGGCCCAAGAUCAAGACGGGCCUGAAGGCUAUCUCGGUGGAGUUUGCUGCAUUGGCCGACAAGCACAGCGUGCAGGGAAAGAGAGAAGAUAACAAUGUGGCAGAGAGGAUAGCCCUGAUACUGGACCUUCUGCAAGCUUACAAGGACUUAGGGGAUCGGCUGGAGAAAGGGCUGGUCAAGGACCACCAGAAUGCCCUGGCCAAGAUGGGCAGCAUCAAGAAGAAGAAGAUGACGGCCACCGUCAAGGGAUCGGACCACGUCGGAGAAGUGGAGCAGCUGGAAUCCAGGAUAAUUGAGCAAGAGAGCCAGAUCAUGACGAUGGAGAACCGGAACUACUUUUCCCUCCACUGCAUCCAGAUGGAGACUCAGCUGGUCCACGCCAACAUCGACAUCCUAGCGGAGGUGGUGCAAGCCCUGUCCAAGACGGAGCUGCAAGGACACAAAGAGUUUGUUGGGGUUUGGGAGGUCCUAGCGACUCAGUCCCCGACGUUGAGCGGUGGAGAGGAGCAAGCCGGGCCCAAGACACCCACCUCGCCCACUUCACCCGCCAUCUUGACAGCUGCGUCCUUCUAAACGUAGACCAUAGAGCUAUGUUCAAUUACUAGAGAGCUGACUAGCUUUAGAAAGUGAAGCCUGCUGGGCGCAUCCGUAUUUGUGCACGAACCUAUGGAAAAACUCAAAUCUUUGUAGCGCUUUCGUACAACUGCUUGCAUAUGUGUGUCUGUAUUCAAAAAUGAUGCCUCAAUGAAGCCACUUCUCAAAAAAAAAACACAACUCAGCACACAAGCAGCAAAUGAAUGUUUUGAUUGCAAAUGCAUAUGCAUUUAUGCAUAUUCGCUGGAAAUAAAUUUUGCUGAGGAUAGUGUCGUGCUAAUGAUAAACCUGCACUGUAUAUCAUUUGCGUGUUGCAGUUAGGGUCCAUGAUUUGGAAUUGUCCACCCUACUUCAAUAUUUGUUCCACAAACAUGAAUUCAAUAUGUCUGUGCCCAGACGGUGUCCAAGCUUCUCCGCCCGGGGAACGAGGAGUUAGCUUUCUAGUAAUUCUUCCUCUUUGAGGCAGACCCACAGUAUUAGAAGCCGCUACUGCGGUCGUAUACCCCCUGCUCAGGAUACAUGUGAGUUACGUGCCUCUUCAUUCAGACGAUUGUCGUGACUUGUCAAAAUACUCGUGUAUCAAGUUGAAGAAUGUGCACAUGAUUGAGGUGCCACGGGCACUGCUGGGGGGAAGGGGGAAAAGCGUACUUUUUUUGGGAGGGGGGGAAUUUCAUCACCAACGCACUGCUUAACUAUCAACAGUAGUAUGGGGUCGGUGCUGACGUUUUGACCAAGCAUGUUGGUGGUACACUUUCUUUUCCCACUUUUUAAAAUUUUAGUUCAAAAAUUCAGUGGUGUGAGAGUUCAGCUUUUUCGCUAAUUUCAGCUUUUCUUGUUUAGAUGCUGACCCCGAUUUUCUUUUUUUUUUUUUUUUUACACCUGGUCUAUACAAAAGUAUGGGAACUUUUUACAAUUCAGCUUUUUGUUAGCUGUAUUCGGCUUUAAUUUUAAGUAGCCACUCGCACCCCUGAAGAUAUUUUGUUGGUGGAGGGUCACCCCUUACACCUCCCCCCCCCCCGCAAUGCCUAUGUCAUGUGCCACUGGAGUCAUAGCAUCUCCUUGGAUUAUAUUAGUCCAUAGAACGACGGGAUUGAUUUAGAACUCGUGCUGUAUCGUUGUCAUGGUCCCCACAUAUGACGUAAUAUCAUAACUUUACAAUCUUGGAUGUUUUCUUCGGUACCAGUGCCCAGAAUUGUGGGUGAUGUUUGCAUGAUUGCUGGACAAAUUUAAUCACUGAAAGAUAACUGAUGGGGAUUUUUUGAUCUGUUGCCACAAAACCCACCUGCAUUUAUUUUUACUAAACCUUUAGUAUUGUGUCUACAGUUAUAAAUGCCUUGUGAAUGGCCCCAUGUUUAUGAAUUGUACAUGUUUAUUUGCCUAAUUAUCUCUCUUGUUUGUAUUUUGUGAGGUUACUUAAUGUGAACAGUGAUAGCUAAUAUUACUGGUCUCUUUUCAGUUUUUGUUUUUCAAUUUUAUACACGUAUGUCAGUUUUCAUGUGCUUCUCAUUCUGCAGAAGUCUAUGUGCAUUGCAACCAGGUGUUGUAGUUUGAGGAACUCUGUAAUUCUCUUUUUAAUUUUAAGAAAACAGACUUAGUAUUCUGUAGUCAAAACUUCAGUUUUUUCGUAGUGCUUCUUUUCCUGAAUGUGCCUGUUCACCGUAAGCAGAAUUGCGGUUUCCCCUGCGGUACUGAUGUGUUUGAGGUGGUCAAAAGAAUUUUGCCAAAAUUUUAGCGCCUAAAACAAAACCAAAUAUGUUUGAAAAGGUCUCAAAUAAAUUCGAAACAGUCUAACAGUACAUUUACUCAAAAUUUCUCCUCAAAAAUAAAUUGAUCUUGUAUUCUGUGUCCCUCUCAAACAUUCUGCACAAUUUGAACCUGAUCUAUUUCAAACUAUCUAAAUUGUUUUGCUUUUUCCUUCUAUGUUUGUCUGUUGUAAGUGUGAGGUUGUAAAAUUCAACAGAAAAGGCCUGAGGCGGUCACUAAAAUCAGUGAAGUGGGUCGCCUCCCCAUUGAAUAGUCAGGGGAAACCUUGUGGAGAACAGGCAGUAGACGAGUAAUCCUGUCUGUCACCCUUGAUUCUUCACUGUUCCCACUUUGUCGAUCUCCCAAAACACUUAAACCCCACACAGUUUACCAACCACAAUGGCACCUGAAAGCACCAGUUGUAGCAUGGUUGCACCGUAAUGGCUUGCACUGUGUUGUGUGAGCCCAGUUGCCUUGAUUUGAACACUAUUUCAACUUGGCAGUUUGCUGCAGUAUUAUUACAGCUGUACGCUCUGCCUCGCAGAAAGGGGUGCAUGGACGUGGCAGAAGGGUUGAGGGGCCUCAUGGGAUAACUAGCAAGAAACUGGUCAGGGGAGAGAAUUAAGAUCAUACGAAGGGAGAGAACUGACACAUUCAGCGAGACUAUCAGCUGCUGCCAGUAUAGCCGCGUCCGAAUCAGCAUGGCUGUGGCUGGGAGUAACAUGCGUCUAUGGGAAAUUACAGCAGCCGCCAGUCAAUGACUUCCAUAGCCUUGUGUAUCUUGCCCAGCCGUAGCCAAGUAAAUCGGACCUGGCCCGAUAAUACAUUGCCAAAUAGUGCUUCUUUGCCUCCAGAUCGUGCAAUGUUCUGCGCGAGUGAGCUGCAAGAAUAUUCUUUGAAAAAUUUUUUGAUGCGUCUCAAAGAAUGUCCUCUGACUUGUGCGCAGCUGGUCGUUGUAGUCCUGUUAAUGAUACACAGACUUUUUAUUGGGUGUCUUCGUGUACGAACACUGUAUACUCGUUGUUAAUGGCAGGUCCCCAUGCAAAUUGUUUUUUACAUAAAAGUGAAUCUGGUUCACUGAUAUAAAAUUUGCAUGUAACUGGUCAUUUCAUGAACACUGCUCUAGAGUUCGAGUGGUGGUGUAAUGGCGACAACCCCACAGGAAAUUUAGAAUGGUCCUGAAUCAGAGACAUGAAUGUUGGAGGAUGGAUUUUUUCCAUCGUCUUUUCCAACAGAUCCCACUGGAGCUUAGAAUUGGGUCUGUGAUUGGAGGUGAAUUGGUUCUGCACUUUUGAAUGCAGUGAUGUAGUGGAGUCCAUCGCCAGUCCUGUCACAACUCCCUUCAUGAGUCCAGUCACAAGUCCUCUCACAAGACUGGUCAUGAGUAACGGGGGUGUACAUUGGCAAAGGAGUGCUUGGGCCUGUUUGUUUCACGUAGAUCUGGGUUUCAAUCAUUGGUCCCAAAUCUGGUCUGCGCUGUCCAUUAGGUGGGUUCUGGUGUUAGUGAACCAGUGAACUGAUUGCAAUCGCGAUCCGUGUGAAACAAACAGGCUGCUUACGUCAGAACUCACUUAAUUAGCAUGUGGCUCAGCCUAAGACCGAAUGGCUUGUGCUCGACUUUUGGGGACUCUUGAUGGAUUCAACUACAACACUGCUUGAAUAUAUGCAUCCAUACUCCAUAAGUUAGUGAACCGCAUCAUAACUGUGGUCACUGGUGUUUGAUGGUGGGAAAAAAAGAAGUAUUUGGGGGUUGGAAGUCAGGAAAGAUUACAGUUUUUAAAAUCAUCUAUUCCUCUUGCAUUUCAGAUAUUUCGCUUAAACUGCUUUUGGUAAACUUAACAAUUUCAGCAUUUUGUACUUUCAUGUAUUUCAGUAAGUCAUGUAUAAGCAUCCCACAUUAUGUAUAUACUUUUAUUGUGAUGAGGCCUAUUUGAAAAUGGUGCCAAAAAUGAGUGUCUUUGUGUGUUAAAUCUCUAAAAUUGCUUAAAAGCAUAGUCAGCAUCCUUUGCACUUGAUAUGAUUUCAAAUAUGCUCUGUGUGUUUCCUGUCCUUAGGGAAAAGUUACCAAUACUCAAUUAAUCAUUUGCUUUUUAAAUUUAAUACAAAUGAUGUGUGAGCCGGCCUGAAGAUUUCAAAUAUGCAGAACGACAGAUAGUAGGUGGAACAUUAAUUGGAGAGUAUGCACAGUGUUUUUAAUGUCUGAUACUGCGUAGACACCUGGUGAUUUUUGGAAUUUUCUGGUACAGCAUUGUUCACAUUGUUCAUUGCUUUAGAAGAGGAAUCUUUUCCAAAGGGUAAUUGUAGUCAUUCUGUUCCAUGUUCCACUGAAGCCAAAGAUCAUUGGCCCUUGCUAAACUACACCACCGACUUCGGUGCACUAGACAGGAGAAGUAAUCAUCGUAGUGUACAAUUCUUUUCACUGUUCCGCACAGUCAGAAGAGAAAUGUACCUUGGUGCAUCGGGGUUUGAGCUGAAUAGGAUCAUUUGAUGCUGGGUACUGUUUUCUUUAAAAGGGAGUUGGAUUGGUCAAAUCAUGUCAAGUGACCACAGCGUGUAUUCUAUGAUUGGCUUAAAUCACAGUGUAUAAACGUGCAGCCAAUAAUGGGCAGAGUCAUUGGACUUUGAUUGAGCCACUGUGCCGGGUAGCCUUUUGCUUUGUGAGGAAGUUGUGGCUGUGGCUGCAGAUAGCGUGUACACGAAUGGAAGAUAGUGGCAACUGUCAGCCUCAACCAGUUGAUUUAGAGAUUGCCUUGGCCUUUUAUUGAUAAUAACCAAAUGCAGUUCAUGGAAGAAUGCAUCAUAUUAGCCACAGUCUGAUUGGUUAAGGACUUAUUGCUAUGGUGAUGGGUGCUGAUUGAACGAUCUGGCUCUUUCAACAGAAGUUGUUGAAACUUUGCAGAAAGGACUUAAAGAGUUGAGGAAGGCUUGUGAAGCCUUUAUACCUUUGUGAAAAUUAUAGAAAUGUGUUUAUUAGAGGAUUCUAGAUUUUUUUGAAAAGAUGGACAGAAUAAUUUUCAUUUUCUUUUUUUAUUACAGAGAGCUUGCCAGAAGGUUUAAAUUUACUGUUAUUGAUUGAAAAAUUAAUUUUAUUAUGCAACUUGGUGAUCAGAAAUGAGCACCUGCAAGACCGUACCAGGUAAUUUUUUUGGUUUUGAAAGUUCAAACAAAAGGUAAGCAUGGUUCUAUAGUAUUUGUUUACCUCUAGCAACUUCCUUCCCAUGGAAAUAGUCCCCAUCCCAGUGAAACGGGUUCCUAUGAAAUGAGUGUACACAGUAACAUUUUUGCCUUGUGUACUAGAAGAUCAUUCAGCUCAUUACUUUGGCAUAUCGCUCGUGAGGUGUGGUAGUAGAGUCCAUGGCAAGUCCCUGCAAGAUGAUCACAUGCCCAUCACAUCAAGUCAUGAGGUCUUAAGCCAACUCGCAAGCUAUUCAAAUGAACUGUGACAACAGCAUUCUUUGUCAUUGCUGACCCCUUCACUUAUGACUGGCCUUGUGAAGGGGGGUGUGACUGGUUUUGUGGAGGGAUUCGUGAAAGGACUUGUGAUGGCUGACUGUACUACAGUACUACCGUCGUGUGAUACACUGACAAAAGGGGGUCACGUGAAUGUGUAUUCAAAGUGUUUGAUUCCCACACUGUUUUAAGUGUGAGUCCCCAUCAGAACAGGAUUCUGCUUGAUGAAAUUGUCUGAAGAGUUGCUUAUCUGCCAUUCUUUUGUAAGAAUUCAGGAGGUGAUAUCCACAAAGGGUUGUUGAUCCAAUUGAGAACCUGGCCCAAAUAGGAAUGGAGUUACUUCUCUACAUUGAGAUAAUGGUCAUUCCCAUGACCUAACCUCAUUUCUCGUGUCACAGUAUGUCUCCAAUUCUAUUUACCCUGCACCCUUUGAUUUCAUUUCAUGAAGACUUUACGUUGAACUCCUCUUUACUGAACUUGUUCGUGGAUAACAUUAAAAGUGAUUGUGUCUCUCCAGAUUUAGAUGCACUGAAAAGUGGUUGAUAAUCAUCCCCUUGUGCAACCCACUCUGGAAGUAGAACUGUGAACGAUAAUCUGUAUAUAGACAUGGAUCGUGUUUUCAGUGUGAAUUUGAUAACUCAAAAGUAUAUAUAGAGUAAAGUUUAUAUACUUUUUUUGGCAAGGUGAUAGUAAUAAGCACAAUAAACAUUUCAGACACAAAA